CUAAUCGUAAAUUAAUUAUUAUUAUUAUCCUCGUUAACUCUGGUUAAUUACUAGUUUAAGUCAAUUUAAAAAAUGUCCGCCAUGACUUAGCGUUUUCUAGAGAUAGAGAGAAAGUGAAAGCAGAAUCAAUUCUCUUCGUCGGUUAAAAAAACGAUGUCGUCCUCGUCCUCUUCUCCUUCUGAUUCCACGGCGGCGCGUGAUCAACACACACCACUUCUCCGCCCGCGUCAGCACGGCUCCUCUUCUUCAUCAUCAGCCAGGCCUACAGCUCUCGCCGUUCUCUUGGGCCGGAUCACCGGCCACCGCGCACCCUCCAUGCUUGUUCGUGAGACGGCGGCGCGUGCUCUCGAGGAGAGACGCAUCGACUGGGGCUACUCGAAGCCCGUCGUCGCCGUUGACAUACUAUGGAACGUCGCUCUUGUAAUUGCGUCGGCGGUUAUGGUUGUCGGCACCGUGGAAGAAAGACCAAACGAACCGAUCAGGGUUUGGAUCUGCGGAUACGGGUCACAGUGUUUGAUCCACGUGGCGUUGGUUUGGUCUGAGUAUUGGAGGAGAAACAGGAGGCGUAGAGCUAGAGACUUGGAGUCCGGUGAUGAUCUUGAAGGUUACAACAGUGAGUAUGAUCAUGUAGAAGAUGGUGAAUUUUCAACAACAACAUACAGUUUUGCAAAAAGAUGUGAGUCCAUAAACACUGUGGUAUCAUUCAUAUGGUGGAUAAUUGGAUUCUACUUGGUAGUACAAGGUGGAGAUAGGCUUUUAGGAGAAGCACCUAACCUUUACUGGUUGUCGGUGAUUUUACUGGCGGUUGAUGUGUUUUUUGCUAUCUUCUGUGUUGUGUUGGCUUGCCUUGUUGGUAUAGCUCUUUGCUGUUGCCUCCCUUGCAUCAUCGCUCUUCUUUACGCCGUUGCUGGGACGGAAGGGGUAUCAGAGGCGGAGCUUGGUGUUCUUCCCAUGUACAAGUUUCAUGCUUUUUGUUGCAAGGAGAAGAGUAAUACCGGAGCCGGUAAAAUGGUUCCUGUUUUGACUGGUGGAUUAUGCUUAGCAACUGAAAGAACAUUACUUGCUGAGGAUGCGGACUGUUGUAUAUGUCUGAGCUCUUACGAAGAUGGAGCAGAGCUUCAUACUCUUCCUUGUAACCACCAUUUUCAUUCCAACUGUAUCGUUAAAUGGCUUAAGAUGAGAGCAACGUGCCCUCUCUGCAAACACAACAUCCUUAAAGGAACCACUGAGCAAUCUUGAAGACGGACUCUAAUAGAGCAGAGACAUAAGUUCCAUUUCAUAACUCUUCUAUAUAUAUAUACAUAUAUAACAAUUAUAACCAUGUAACUUUGUUAAAAGGUAUCCAUUUUUAAAUGUAAAAGAUCACAUUUUACUAAUCAUCUCUAAGUUCAAG